UUCUUCAAUCACUAUGUCAAGUGACACAGAUGUUUCUCUUUCUUCAUAUGAUGAAGAUCAGGGAUCUAAACUUAUCCUAAAAGCUAGAGAGGCACCAUUUGUCCCCAUUGGAAUGGCAGGUUUUGCAGCAAUCUUUUCAUAUGGAUUAUAUAAAUUGAAGAGCAGGGGCAAUACUAAAAUGUCUGUUCACUUGAUCCACAUGCGCGUGGCAGCCCAAGGCUUUGUUGUGGGAGCAAUGACUCUUGGUAUGGGCUAUUCCAUGUAUCAAGAAUUCUGGGCAGAACCUAAACCUUAGAAGAGGAGAUGCUGUCUUGGUCUUGGUGGUGCUUGCUUUAGUUAGACAUCUCAUAUUGGGGUUAUAUGUUUAUGUUGAAAAUAAAUUCUAUGGGUCGGACAAUAACAUGAUAAUAUGAAUAUUGGCUUCCUUUCUUGCAGGCUUGAUUUGCCUAGUGACUAGUUCAAUAGCUUCGUCAUUCAGGGGAGUCAGAUUAGCACAAAAACAUGUCACUUUUAAAUGCACUUGAUAGUGGUACAGUGUCCACCUUCUUAAACUCUUCUGAUAAAAUUAGUUGUAAAGAGGACAACAUGUCAAACCUGAAAAUGCUCCCAGUUGCUGCAGAAUAUCAUAUGCUUUUGAUGUAAUGUAGGAAUCCUAUUUACCCCAGUUAAUUUAACUCUUUCUGACUGCCUUGUGGGCUGAGUACUGUUUUUAAGGUCUGGCUGGCUCUUGAAGAACCCUUUCAGAACAGUGCAUGGAAUACAACAUUAUAAACCUCCCAGCAACUAUGUGUGUGUUUUUAAAUCAAAACUAAAGAGCUGGUAACAGUUGCUUUGAAGUAGUAUCUGUUUCAGAAUCAUAGUUGUAAACAUGAGAAUAACUUAACUGUAGAUCCCCGUUUAGCUGUUUUGUAAUUGCAGAAUUAUAGUUUGCUGCUGUUAUCUUAGAAUAAUUUUUAAAUGGCAUUUUGAAAUAGAAGUGUGUAUUUUAAGUGCUAAUGCAAAGGUAAAUGAAAAAUACUUUUUAAAUGUGUGCAGUCUGUUUAUUUUCUCUGAAAGAAUCAUAAAUGUUAAACUAAAUAAAUUGCCUGUAAUGGAAGUGAUUUAUGAGCAAGCUGGUUUGGUCAGACAUUAUACAAACUUUGGUAUACUACAGAAUGCUUUGUUGUACUUGUGAGAUUCUCUUGUCUAACCUGAAUUUACAUUCCAUGGUGAUAACAUGGUAAAUGUAGUGUUAUUAAAGUAAGUGAACACA